AUGGACGACGACGACGAUAGCCAAUAUCGCUAUGUCCAGCGCGACAAGAUGUUAGAUUAUCCACCAAACACCCCGUUCUCUUACCGUCGUGCCAGGCGUCCGCCGCCGCCUGAACCGCAUCGCCCGUGUACCUGGUUCGAACUCCCAGCCGACUGGCCUCAUUGGUAUCCGGCCAUUGUACGAUGUCCGGAAGUGACGACGAAGCCGCAGUGGAAUUUCUCUACGAACUUUGGCAAACAUCCCAAUCAGCUCAUGAUGUCGGACAAGAGAACUGCCCAUCGAAUGUCUCGCUUUUCCCUUCCCCUCGAGGAGUACACCACCCAGCAGAUAUUGGCAAUGCCGCAAGAAAUCCUCUUCGAGAUCAUUGCCGACUGGCACCGUUCCCCGCUCUUGUCCUUCCAGUCGAGAACGCGGAACAACGUAUCUCGAAUCUCCCCUUACCUGGGGCUCCGCGGGCUGAGAGACCACGUGCCCAAGGUCCGCCGGGUCUUCCGCGACCGCCGCACGAGGAGCUUGGUCAUCAUUAUGGACUUCAUCGAGGGGGGAAACCUCUACGCGCUCUGGCCUCGUCUCCGCGCCGCGGAGAAGGACAGGAUAUCGAAGCAGAUCGUCGCGCUGAUAAGGACGAUGCAAACCUACACGAGCGAGCUCCCGGGCGCGCUGGGGACGUCCCGCGCGCGCGCGUUCGUGCACCCGUUGUUCCCCCCGACGGCGCCCCUGGACAUGCAGGCGUACCGGCAGCACCUCGCAUGCAUCGUCGGCUCGGCCCACGCGAGGUAUCACAUGGGCCCGGUCGCGGCCGACCUGAUGAGGGUCGACAGGCUCGUGCUAGCGAACAUGCACCUGGACGCGGGCAGCUUCCUGGUCGACGGGACGGGCAAGCUGUGCAUCGUGGGCUGGGGGAAGAGCGGCUUCUACGCGCCCGAGGCCGAGAUUGCCAUCUGCACCUACCUCAUCCCCGUCGGCUUCGCCCAGAUCAUAGCCAGGCUCGUGGAAACCUGGUCGCAUAAGCACGGGCAGAUGGUGUCGCUGCGCGCGGUGGCUAGCUGGCUCGACGAGCAAUCGGCGCUUUAG